AUGAAAAAAAAGGAACUUUUAAAGUGGGAAGCUUUAGAAAAGGAAGAGAAAGAGAAGGAAGGUGAGGCAGUGUGGAAGUUGCUCACAGACGGGGCCUCCAGCGAAGAAGGUAGCGGGGCGGGCAUUACACUGAUCAGUCCUGAGGGGGUUGAGCUAACCUAUGCCAUCAGACUGGACUUUGAAAACACCAACAACACCGCGGAGUAUGAAGCCCUCUUAGCAGGGAUGAGGCUAGCCAGAAAGAUGAAAGCAAGACAUGUGGAGGCAAGUACUGACUCUCAGCUGGUGGUCAAACAACACCAAGGGGAGUAUGAAGCUAAAGACAACACCAUGGCUCGGUACAUGGCAAAAGUAAAAGAAACAGCCGAGGCCUUCAAGACCUUUAAGCUAGAAUACAUCUCCCGCGAGAGGAAUAGAAAAUCUGACGCCCUCAGCAAGCUGGCCUUUGUGGCAUUCGAUCACCUAGCAAGAGAAGUCAAAGUGGAAGUCCUGACUUCCCCCUCUCUUGACACAACUGAAGUAGCCACGAUUGAGAAUACCCAAGAAACAUGGAUGACACCAAUCAUAAGGUUCCUCAAGGAUGGAACAUUACACGAGGGAGACUGGGCAGCCAGGAAAGUAAGAGUCAAAGCCUUAAAAUAUGAGCUGAUUAAUGGGGAACUUUACCGAAGGUCAUACCUAGGCCCAUCCCUGAAGUGCGUUGAUAAUGAAGAAGCCAAGUAUGUGAUUAGAGAAAUACAUGAGGGGAUUUGUGGGAUGCAUUCGGGGCCAAGGACAGUAGUGGCAAAGGCAAUGAAUGCGGGAUUUUAUUGGCCUCGAAUGUAUGAAACAGCAUCAGAGGAGAUCAAAAGAUGUGACAAUUGCCAGAUCCAUGCCCCUAUGACGCACCGCCACAAGCACCCAAUGAUCCCUGUUUCAACAUCUUGGCCCUUCCAAAAGUGGGCCAUCGACAUAAUCGGGCCCUUCCCAGAAGGCCCGGGAGUGGUUAAGUACGUGGUGGUUGCCAUCGAUUAUUUUACCAAGUGGAUAGAAGCGAGACCCUUGGCAAAAAUAACGGGGGAGCAGAUGAGACGAUUUGUACUAGACAACAUCAUUUGCAGAUAUGGGGUCCCGAAAGAACUGGUGAGUGACAAUGGUGUCCAAUUUGCUGGGAAACCUUUCAGGUCAUGGUGUGAGCAGAUGCACAUACAUCAAGUAUUUACUUCCAUCACCCAUGCCCAAGGCAAUGGGCAAAUCAAAGCGUCAUCAAGGGAAUGA